AUGGAAGUGUCUGGGACUGGGAAGCAGAAAGCCAGCGAGAGCAAGUCGCUGCUGUUCCUGGGCCUGGUGGCAGCCAUCUGCCUCGGCCUUAACCUCCUCUUCCUCACCAUCUACCUGAUCUGCCUGUGCUGCUGCAAGAGGGGCGAGGGCACUGAGACCAAGCAACCCAGCUCCUGCUGCGUCACCUGGACUGCUGUCAUCGCCGGCCUCAUCUGCUGCGCUGCCAUCGGCAUUGGCUUCUACGGGAACAGCGAGACCAAUGAUGGCGUCUCCCAGCUGCUCUAUGCCCUGGAUAACGCCAACCACACGCUGUCUGGCAUCGACUCGCUGAUCUCGGGGACCACGCUGCAGAUGAAGGUGGGGCUGGAGCAGCACCUGGCUCUUCUGCGGGAGAUCUUCACCCCCCGGGGCGACUACCUGCAGACGCUGAAGUUCAUGCAGCAGAUGGCUGGCAACAUCGUGCUGCAGCUCUCAGGGCUGCCUGUCUGGCAGGGCGCGAGCCAUGACCUCUCUGCAACCGCCGGCCAGAUCAGCUUCGUGGAGUACUACCGGUGGCUGUCCUACCUUUUGCUCUUCAUCCUGGACCUGAUCAUCUGCCUCCUGGCCUGCCUGGGGCUCGCCAAGCGCUCCCGCUGCCUGCUGACCGCGAUGCUGUGCUGUGGGCUCAUGACGCUCAUUCUCAGCUGGGCCUCCAUGGCCGUGGACACCUCUGCAGCCGUGGGCACCAGUGACUUCUGCGUGGCCCCAGACCAGUUCAUCAUGAACCAGACACAGAGCGAGCUGAGUGCAGAAGUGGUUCACUACUACCUGUACUGCAGCCAGAGCCUCAGCAACCCCUUCCAGCAGGCUCUGACCAUCUACCAGCGCUCGCUCACCACCAUGCAGAUCCAGGUGCAGGGGCUGCUACAGUUCGCUGUGCCCAUUUUCCCCACUGCCAAGAAAGAGCUGUUGGGAAUCCAGCAGCUGCUGAACUCCUCCGAGACCAGCCUGCACCAGCUGACAGCCAUGCUGGACUGCCGGGGCUUGCACAAGGACUACCUGGAUGCACUGAUGGGCAUCUGCUAUGAUGGGAUUGAGGGCUUGCUCUACCUGGCCCUUUUCUCCCUCCUGGCCGCCGUGUCCUUCUCUACCAUCAUCUGUGCCACGCCACGAGCAUGGAAGCACUUCACUAGCAGGGACCGGGACUAUGAUGACAUCGAUGAGGAGGACCCCUUCAACCCACAGGCCCGCCGCAUCGCCACCCACCACCCCGCCCACGGGCAGCUCCGCAGCUUCUGCAGCUAUAGCAGCAGCCUGGGCAGCCAAACCAGCCUGCACCCGCCCGCCCAGACCAUCUCCAACGCCCCCGUCUCUGAGUACAUGAACCAGGCAGCCCUCUUCGGCGGGAACCCGCGCUACGAGAACGUCCCGCUGAUCGGCAGGGGCUCUCCUCCCCCGACGUACUCCCCCAGCAUGCGUGCCACGUACCUCUCCGUCAACGACGACCAUGCCCGGCGUUACACCCCCGAGUUCCCGGCGUAGCGCCCGGCCCCCCAGCGGUGCUGCGGGAGGAGAAGCGCGGGUGGCGUUCCGGUCACGGUGGCUGAGGACACGGUGACGCCUCUCCAUGGCCAAGAGCAGGGACGGAGGCGCCCGGGACGGUCCCGGCAGAUGGCUCCUGGGAAGAUCGCUCCUGCCUCCGCUCAGUCUUCCUCUCUGAAGCGCACACGGGAUCCCCCGCAGCCUCCAUCUCCAGCCCAGACUUCCCUCCUGCCCUGGGCCUGAUGCACACCCCCUCCCCAGAGUGAGGUGAGGCGGCAGCCGGCACGUGGAUGCAGCCCCCUGCCCUCCCUGCGCUGUCGUGGGCAUUGCUGCAAGCUGGAGGAUGGAUGCAGCUUUGCCCUCGGUUCCUCCGUGCUUCCUCCUGGUGCUGGACGGGGGCUCUCUCCGGUCCAUGGGGCCUUCGGCAGUCUUCCUCCCUGCUGCCAGCGCAGCACGAAUGACCAGACCGGCACACUGUCCACGUCACAGCCACUGUAGCAACACAGUACCAACCACUAGUGACCCUGACUCCAUCUGGGAGCCCCCGCAGCUGGACUCUCAUGAUCCUGUGUCCAUAGGUCCCAUGCAUACGACCACCCCUUCCUUGCAGUCCUUUUGCCAAUGGAAUAAGCCGCGAAAUCACCAGCCCCAGCUGGGAUGGUCUCAGGUAUUACAGAGGCUGCAGACUACAUUUAUUUCAUCCUUUCUUUUUCGCUUGCAUUGAUUCCCCUCUUCCCUCGGUGGUUUUAACUCCUAUCCAAAGAACAGGCACAAAUGGCACAUGUCUUUGGCCUUUUUAGAAGGUUUUUAGUUGCGCAUGUUUUACAUGAGGCUGUUAGCUGGUGGGUAACUCUUGGGAUUGUUGGGGGGGGGUUUUAGCACUUAUUUUUGUUGCAAAGAGCUGCCUGGAGCAUUAGAUCUAGGGAAAAGCUGCAUUCAACCCCCGAGAGGGGUUUGGGUGGGGGAGACGGCAUGCAGCCAGGCACUUUUCUCCUGCCAGCAAUAGCAGGGGAUGGCAGCUACUUGGAUAUCACUGUGACCUGGCUCUCAGCUACGGUGGAAAGGAGGGGGAGAUGAGCAAGCUGGCGGUGCUUUGGAGACGGGCUACUUCUCCAAGACCUGGCUAGGUGCACAGUGCUACCCAUGGAGGGCUACAGGAGACGGCAGCCCCGGUGCAGGGGAGCUGUGAACAGGAGCAGGCUUGCAGCGGAGCUGCAGCUAGCAAAGAUUUCAAGGCCUCGGGUGUCUCCUCUUCCAAGAGAAAGCCUCGGUUCCUCCUUUGCUGGCUUCUGCUUCUUGGCAGGGUGGGGGAGGCUCCUCACCACCCUGGCACUGGGGUGGAUCGGGACCCAAAGAAGUGAUUUUCCCACGGCCCAGGCUGAGCUUGGCUCUCCUCGUAGCUCCCUUCACAGCACAAUGGGAGCUGGGUUGAACCCCGGUCUGCUCCCAAAAUCUCCUGCAGCCAUCUCCUGGGGCUGAGCGGGGGGCAAGGGCUCCCAGUACCCAAGCACAAGAAACCAGAGACUGCGCGGAGCCAGACCUGGCUUCAGUCCGCAUGGCAGGGCUGAUGCUAGGAGAACCCUGCCCCCUCCCCCCGCUCUUCAGACCCCCGCAUUGGGCUAACAGUGCUAAAACCAGGCAGGCUCCUUCCCCGGGCACCACGGGGAGGUUUUAUUACUUGACAGCCGGGACUUACCGUGGCUUUUAAAGCACUUGUACAUAUCUUGUACCAUAGCAUCAUUUGUACGUCCCUGUUCGAUGCCACUAGAGUUAGGAGCCGGGCAGGACGAUUCCCCCUGGGUUGGGUUUUUUUGGGGUUUGUUUGUUUUUUUUGCUUUUUAAUGUUCCAGUGUAACGAUGCUGAUAGCAGAGGUUUUUUUAACGCAUGUGGACUAACCUCAUCUGGAGCCCCGUCUGAUUUGUAUGUACCCUCUGGGACGACGACAAUAAACACUUGUAUUAAAUCUCCA